UAAAAUAUUUUUUUCUUACGUUAGCCAUGCAGGCGAGCGCUGUUGGAAAAAUAUUUAUUUUACGUAAAUAAAGUCAUUAGAAAAAUGGAACAAAUGAAAGUUAAUUCGCCUAAGCUUUUUGUGUGCACUGCCAUAGAAAACAAAGAUGAAAUAGAAGAGAGGUACGAGAAAGCUUACAUCAAUUUUCAAUCGCUAGUUGCCGACUGUAGUGAAAAAGAAGCUCAUGACGCACUUAACAAUGCAGUUUGUAAAAACCAUGAAGAUAUAUCUCUUGGAAUGCUUAUGUCAAUUCUUACAGAACCUCAGAAUUCCACAAAAUGCUAUAGAGACUUAACACUUAUUACAAGAGACGGAUUUACCUGUGUUCUUAAUAAUUUGUCAAAUUUAAUUCUUGAAAGAUAUUUAAAAUUUCAUGACACAACACGAAAUCAAUUAUUGUGGCUUGUAAAGGAAAUGAUAAGAAAUUCCGUUUCUGGAGUAGAUAGUGUUUGUUGGAAUUUAAUGCGUUAUGCUUCUGGUGGAGAUAUAACACCUAAAAAUAUUUUUUUAGUGGAAUCACUGCUGGACAUUUACAUAGAUAAUAAAUCAUGGCUAGAUAAAUAUCCAGUAUUAAUAUGUAUGGUUGUGUAUACAUAUUUGAGAUUAAUAGAAGAUCAUAAUGUACCACAUUUAAUGACUCUCAGACAAAAGGAAGUCAACUUUGUUAUAUCAUUGAUAAGAGAACACUUUGAUGAAAUCCUAAGUUUGGGAAGGGAUUUGGUUCGUUUACUUCAAAAUGUUGCAAGGAUUCCUGAAUUUAAUCAACUUUGGCAAGACAUUCUUCUAAACCCUAAAACAUUAUCAUCAACAUUUACAAAUGUAUUGCAGUUAUUACAAACAAGAACAUCGAGAAGGUAUUUACAAUCAAGACUUACUCCUGAUAUGGAACGUAAAUUGGUCUUCUUAACAUCACAGGUCCGAUUUGGGCACCAUAAAAAAUAUCAAGAAUGGUUUCAAAGACAAUAUCUUGCUACCCCUGAAUCUCAAUCAUUACGCAGUGAUAUGAUUCGCUUCAUUGUGGGUGUGAUUCAUCCUACUAAUGAAUUACUCUGUUCUGACAUCAUUCCAAGAUGGGCAGUCAUUGGAUGGCUUUUAACAACUUGUACAUCAAAUGUAGCAGCAUCUAAUGCUAAAUUGGCACUAUUCUAUGAUUGGCUCUUCUAUGACCCUGAAAAAGACAAUAUAAUGAAUAUAGAGCCUGCAAUUUUGGUCAUGCAUCAUUCCAUGAGAUCACAUCCAGCCGUCACUGCAACAUUACUUGAUUUCUUAUGUCGUAUAAUACCCAACUUUUAUCCAUCAUUUUCUGAUAAGGUACGACAAGGCAUAUUCAAUUCCUUACAGCAAAUCAUUGAAAAAAGAGUGCUUCCAAACUUACAGCCGUUGUUUGAUUCACCAAAAUUAGAUCGCGAAUUACGCACAACGGUAAGGGAUACUUUCAAAGAGUUCUGCAGUAAUGGAGAAGGGGUGUCAGGUUUGAGAGAGGAAGGAAUUGAAGACUUACCUAGAGGAGGUCCAGAUGAACCAGCCUUCUCAGAUGACGAAGAUGAAACGACACCAAUUAUUGCAGAAGAUACAGAUGACGAUGACUUGCCACUAUCCGAGGUUCGUGCUCGAGAGCGACCCGAGCUGGCCGCGGCUCUACCAACAGCUUUGAGGCCCUUCGCAGAAACACUUUUGGAUGAAAGAACUGCGGCUGCUGCCACAGCCCUUCUCAAUGCGUGCACACCUCCAAUGCCUACGCCAAUAGCACUUGCGGAUUUAUUUGCUGCAGUUUUACAAGAUUUACCCCCACUUAAAAUCAGUGCAAACCCGACACCAUCUGAACUUGAUUUAAAUUUGAGUUCGCCAAUAUUUUCUAUGUUCGAACUGCUCUUUGCAAAUUCAAAUGACUCGAAACGCAAAUUAAUUUUAGAGACAUUUAAAGAAAUACACGCACAAAAUUCCGUUCCCAGUGUAGGCUUUUCCUUACUGUUCUAUUUAAAAAUAUGCUACGAAAAGGAUCGUCGCGUGGAACGUGAUCCUGCCAAAAAGAGAAAUGUUAAGUUUAAAAUGGACAUUUAUAAGACAUAUUGUAGUAAUUUAGAACUUAAAAUUGUUGAAUGUUUAGUUAAUGAUUUUGAGAAAUGCCAAGAAUGUGAUUCUAACAUAUUAGUAUGGUUAAUAUCGGAUGUAUAUAGAGAAUUUAAAGAUCAAGUUCAAAAUCAUAUCAAAUUAUUGCAUAUAAUCGUUUCUACAAUCGAUGCAGGGCAAUUGCAAAGACUAGUGUGUCUGACAUUACAAGGGAACUUGAUGAUGUUCAAAACUGACGAUUUUACAACAAUGCUUACAACAAGUUUAAAUUGGGAGACAUUUGAGCAAUAUUGUCUAUGGCAGUUGCUUACCGCACACGAAAUAUCCGUAGAAGAUGUACUUCCAAUAAUUCCGAAAUUAUCGUAUAGAGAGCACGCAGAGGCCCUGACAUCUGUUUUAUUAAUGUUAAAGCAAGAAAAGCCGUCGCAAGAGGUGGUCAGACAAAUGUUCUGCCGGACGGUGGAUGAUGAAGACACUUUUGUGGUGUCCACUGUCAUGUAUUGGUGUCAGGAUUAUGAGGAGAAAGUAGCAGAUCUAUUAGCGGUACUAUUAAGCACACGAUAUCCAGGUACGAGUCCGAAUAAAAGAAAACGUCCUGGUAAACACACAAUUCCGCCGAAUGCGCCGCCUUCAGCUGAAUUAGUUCUUGGUCACUUGGAGCAAAUAAGAAUAUGCUGUGUAGAACAAGACGAUAUGUCAAUUUUCAAAACUGAAUGUUUGCAGAAAGCGUUACAGCACUCGCAAUCAAAUAGCAACGAUAACUUAAAGAGACAGUAUAUGGAUUUGUUUUCUUUGGCUUGGGAAGAUGAACUACCAAUGCUUAGGCGGGCAAGGAAAAUGGCUUCCAACUCAAUGCCACUCAACCAGAACUUACACUCAUCAAAUGAGGAUAGCGAGGAGGAAGAAAUCGUCAAACCGAAGCAAGCAAAGCGUAGAAAGAAAGCAAUAUCGGAUAGUGAUUGACAUAUCUCCAGUAAGAAUUAUGGCAAUUUCAAACACCAAAGUGCGGCUCAUAAAUACUUUUUAAAGUGAGUGUUACCUUACAGUACAUGGUACAAUUCUAAGGCCUGUUAUUGAGAUAUUUCAAAUUAACUUUAAUUUUAGUGUUGUUUUUUAAAGUUUGCCAGUAACUCCCAUUAAUCUUCACUACAGUUAUUUAUUAAUUUUAUAAUUGUAAUAGAAUAUUUAUUUGUCAUGAAACUAGUACAAAGUAUGGAUAUAUAGAAUUUCCAAGAAGUGCAUGGUUUGUAAAAUUCUGAUGUUUCCAAUAGGAACUUUAAGUAGGUUGGAUUGUCUCAAAUGAUUUGUAAAUGGUUAGAAAUAAAUACUUAACAUGUCUGUUUGUACUGAAGUUACUACUCCAAAAAAGAUAUAAUAUAUAAAUUAUAACUUGCAUAUAAACUAUGUUGACAAGAAAUUUAGGACUUAAACCUUAACGCUUACGUAAACAUAACUUGAAACAAUCUACUUGAGUAUAUAUAUGUAAGUAUUGAUUAUGCAAUCUAUUAAAAAAAAUGUAUUGGUUAGUUUGCAAUAUAUAAAAUUUAUUGUCACACUGACAACAAUAUGAUUGUCAUAAGAACUCAAACUAUAUCACAAAAUAAUAAGUAUAUUGAAUAUUGUAUUUAGUAUUCAUAAAGUUUUACUAAAGGCCUUAGAAAAAUACAUUCCUUUGUUUUUUUUUUAAUUUACCAGAAACCUGUACUUCAGAAACUAAGUUGCUUAUUGGUGAAUGGAGAGAUCAUAGGAAAGGCUAUAAAUUGAAUUUUUCACUAUUAUAUACAUCAUAUUACUGUGUAAUAUUAAUGUUGUCUUAAGCCACCUAGUAUUAAUGUUUUUAUAAAUUUAUGCUUUUUACAGUGGCAAGUGACACAGUCUGUGGCAUUUUAAUUUUAUGUACAUGUAAUAGUUGUUUUAGCAUUAAGUAUACAUUUGGAAAUUAAUCAUAGGUAAUUUCAGCCAAUGAUCAGGUGAUGGUAAAUAUUACCUUUAUUUUAUUGUAAAUUUUGACACCAUCUUGUAGUCAUUGUAAAAUAUAUUGUUAUACAGAUUAUUUUUAUGUUUCGCGUGUAUAGUGUUGGACUUAUUUUAAGUGUAAGGUACACGACCAAGAAUUUAAGCAAAAAAUGUUAUAUGCAAUUUUCGAAAUAC